ACUAUUGUUGCUGUAAAGUUGCUAGUUUGUUGAAUUUAUUCGUCGUUGCAGUGGUGAUGAGUGGAGCAACUUUCACUUCACAAUUGUGUAGUCAGCCAACCAAUCCGGUUAAGCAUAUGACUGUUGUGCUGUAGUAUUUGCAAAAAAAAAAGUAAAAUAAAAGUAUACAGUUUUAGAAUUUUAUUUUAAAGUUAGCAACUAAUUAUAACUACAUGACUGCAACAACCACAUUAAGGAGCCGCAAUGGCGAUCAUGUUAUUAACAACAACGAAGAAGUGCCUACCACCAAAAGCCAUGAGAAGCUCACAAAGAGUAUACAAAAUACUGAAGAUUCUAGUGGAAAGAAUUCACGUUCAAUGGUCACCUUAGUAUUUAUUUCGCUGCUGUUUGAUUUACUCGCUUUUACAAUGAUCCUACCAUUAAUGCCUUCCUUGCUUGAGCAUUACCGCCAGAAUGAUAGUUCUGGGCUGUAUAAUUUGCUGACGCGGCGCAUACAUUGGUUUCAGCAACUUGUUGGAGCACCAGAACGAUACACCUCGGUGUUGUUUGGAGGCUUUUUAGGAUCCAUGUUCAGUUUUUUACAAUUUAUUGCUAGUCCAAUAGUGGGUGGACUGUCGGACUAUUACGGCCGCAAGCCGCUAAUGUUAAUUUGUGCCACUGGUAUUGCGUUAUCGUACCUUCUAUGGGCUUUAUCCAGUAAUUUUGCACUUUUUGUACUAGCACGAUUUGUUGGCGGUAUCAGCAAAGGUAACAUAUCCCUUUGCAUGUCUAUUAUCACUGAUGUGUCCAGUGUUAAAACUCGUGCAUUUGGUAUGGCACUUGUGGGGGUCGCCUUUUCGGUGGGCUUCAUUGCUGGUCCUACGAUUGGUGCAUUAUUUGCGCGUUCCUUAAAUAAAUCAGUGGAAUCUUGGUAUAUGGCACCCUCGUUAUGUGCCCUCACUUUCGCUAUAUGUGAUUUAGGAAUCAUAGCAUUUGGUUUAAAGGAAACAUUACCAAAAGAAAAACGCGUGAAAGAGAUAUCUUCGGCGAUGUCAUACGCCAUACAAUUGCUGGACGUGCGCUCAAUAUUCAAAUUCUCUGCUAUUAAAAAAGUAUCCAAAGCCGAAAUACUUGCACUUCGUAAAAUAGGGCUAAUUUACUUCUUAUACCUAUUUCUGUAUUCCGGUUUGGAAUUCACUGUUACUUUUCUAAUGUAUCACAAGUUCGGCUACAAUUCCAUGGACCAAGCAAAAAUGUUUCUUAUGACUGGCAUUGUCAUGGCACUUCUACAAGGUGGAGUUGUACGACGACUACCCCCUCAGGCGACAAAGCCUUGUGCUGUCUUUAGUUUGUAUCUUAUUGUACCUGGAUUUAUAUUAGUUGGACUUGCAAAAGAUGGGCGUUUGCUAUAUGCAGGCAUGUUUCUAUUUGCAGUUUCUACAGCUUUUGCUGUGACCUGUCUGACCACAUUGGUUUCACGCUAUGGGAAUGACGACCAAAAAGGUUCAGUCCUCGGCAUUUUCCGAUCAUUGGGCGCCUUGGCACGUGCCGUUGGUCCUGUUGUUGGUUGUAUUUCAUUUUGGAGUUUUGGUUCGCGUCUAACUUAUAUUACUGGUGGCCUUUUAUUACUGUACCCAGCGUAUAUUUUGCAAAAAUCUAAGCUCUGAUGAUCUAAUGAAUUUGAGUACAAUACAAAAAAUAUGAAAGUAUUUAAACAUGGUUUCGUACCGUACAAUAUCAUAAGUAAUAAUUUGCAUGAAAUGCUCAUUAAUAUAUUGUAUAUUUUGUAUCUACUUAUUGUUUUUUUUCCUUGAUAGUAUUUAAGAAUAAUCUGUUUAGUUUUUUACAGCGAAUGUCAAUCGAAUAUUGUCUAAAAUUUAUAAAAUAAAAUUACAUUAAUAAGCUAUAAAUCUAAUUUAUGUAAAUGCUAAACUUUCAUUAAAAAAAAUUAACUAAUCAUAAAUAAAAUGAGUAUUUUCAAAACUUGGAUUGCAUUAUCCAAUAUAUUUGCCCAAUGGCGAUAUAUUGCUUAAAUCGAUCUUCAUAAUUGUAGAUUUCAUUAGGAUUUCAAGUUAGCAUUAUGCCAGGCGAUUACUCCUGUAUUGAAGAUACAUUUUCUUUCUAGCAAGAACUUUUUUUAGGUUUGGAAGGAACAGAAAAGGCCCAAAGUAUGCAUUCAACUCACUACCCAUUGCAAUUUGUCAAAAACGCUUCAAUUAAUAUUAAAUUAAGUUAUAUUUAAUGCAUAACUAUGUAAAAGUGUAGUUGUUUCAUCUUUGUUUAUGAACACAAAAAUUAAAAAUUUAAACAAUUUCAAAUACAUUUUCAGUAACUAACGUUCCCCUCAAUUGGAGCUAUUCCGAACAAAUUGUAAUAGAGAAAAAGUAAUAGAGUAUAAUCUCUCUUUCUUUUCAUUUUCGCCUUCGUCGUACGCCAUAUUUGAUAUUGAACAACGGCACAUCGAGCCGAGAAGAAGAAGAUAUUUUCUUGUGUCGUCGUCGUCGUAGUUGUCGCGUAAAAAGGUGAUUAAUUUUGAAAAGUUUAAAUAAGCACAGCAGAUAUAAUUGUUUUCAAAUAUUUAUGAUUAAAAUGAUGCUUUAAAUUUGUUAAACUUUCAGAAAGAGUAGUAAAAAGAUACGCAAAUUACAUACCGAAAAGAAACUUUCCAAGUGAAACCGACGAUAAAGAAGUUACAAGGAAGACAAGAAAAUUGGUGGAAAAUAAAACAAGUGGAAUAACUCAAAAAGGAUAAACGCAGGUCAUCCAAUUGCA